GUCACAUAUCCAGACGCCAUUUCUCCGAACCCAAAUGCUGUCGCUGGUGCACACACCAAUGAGACCUCUCCACCAAGAUAUCCCAGUCCUUGGGGAAGCGGGGCAGGCGAAUGGGCAGAAGCAUACAAGAAAGCAAUCGAGAUUGUCGGGCAACUGACUCUUGAAGAAAAAGUAAAUUUGACAACAGGUAAAGUGCGGCAUUGCUGGAAACUUGGAUAUAUGACUGACGAGGUGAAGGGAAUUGGUUGGCAGCAAGAACAAUGUGUCGGUCAGACUGGUGGCGUUCCUCGCCUGGGUAUUCGAGGACAGUGUCUUCAAGACUCUCCCGUUGGCNNCUUUGUCAGCCUCUUCCCUGCGGGCAUCAACGUUGGUGCUACCUGGGACAAGCGCCUUGCAUACGAAAGAGGUAGAGCUAUGGGCUUUGAAAGCCGUGACAAAGGCGUCACUGUCCAGCUGGGUCCUGUCGCUGGCGCACUUGGCAGGCUAUUCGCCGACUCUAUCCGAGGCAUCCAAAGUACAGGUGUUCAGGCAUGUGCCAAACACUAUGUUGGCAACGAGCAGGAACACUUCCGUCAGGUUCCUGAAUCCCGUGACUACGGCUUCAAUAUCACCCAACCUGGAUCUUCCAACAUCGAUGACCAGACCUUGCACGAACUCUAUGUCUGGCCUUUUGCAGAUGCUGUCAAAGCUGGUGUGGCAUCGGUCAUGUGCAGCUACAAUUUGGCCAACAACUCGCAGGCCUGUCAGAACAGCUACUUACUGAAUCAUGUGCUCAAGUCCGAACUUGGUUUCCAAGGUUACGUCGUGAGUGACUGGCAAGCUACUGCAAGCGGUGUUCCGGCUAUUCUGGCUGGACUGGACAUGACUAUGGCUGGCGACAUCCGUUUUGGCGAUGGUCUGAGUUACUUUGGUCCGAAUCUUACCAUCGCUGUAUUGAACGGUACCGUACCGCAAUGGCGUCUUGAUGAUAUGGUUGUUCGCAUUCUGGCUGGAUGGUAUCUUGUUGAUGGUAACGAUACCAUUCCAGACCCAAAUUUUCAGUCCUGGACGUCGGAUACCUUUGGCGCUGUUCACGCACAUGUCGGCUCGACUUGGGGAACUGGACUCGUUAACCAACAUGUCGAUGUUCGCCGGGAGCACGGUAGAUUGAUCCGCGAGAUCGGCGCUGCGUCUACUGUGCUUCUGAAGAAUGAUCGUGGCACGUUGCCUCUGAAGAACACGGCAAGGCUGACGGCAGUGUUCGGCGAAGAUGCGGGCUCCAAUCCUAAUGGGCCCAAUGGCUGUAGAAAUCACGCAUGCGAUGUCGGUACACUUGCUGUCGGUUGGGGCAGUGGACAAGCCAGCUCUCCAUAUCUCAUCAGUCCGGAUGCAGCGAUCCAGCACGAAGUCGUCUCUCGCUUUGGCGAACAGUCAGGAUAUGCAAUUGCCGAUGUUCUGUUUGGCCGCGUCAAUCCUGGAGCAAAGUUGCCUUUUACCAUGGGUCGCAACAGAUCCGACUACGGCACUGACGUCCUCUACACCCCGAACCAGGAGGUCCCACAAUUAAACUUUCAGGAGGGAGUCUUCAUCGACUAUCGCGGAUUUGAUCAUCGCAACAUCACUCCAGUCUAUGAGUUUGGCUUCGGAUUGAGUUAUACGACAUUCAAUUACUCUGGCCUUACUGUGGAAAAACUCGAUGUUACUGACUACAAGCCAACAACAGGUGCUUCUGGACCAGCACCUACAUAUGGUACAAUCAACAACGACACUUCGGCGCACACGUUUCCAGAGAACAUCACUCGUGUCCCUCUAUACAUUUAUCCAUGGCUCAACAGUACAAACCUUAGCGAAUCAUACGGAGCACCAAACUUUGGCGACAACUCAUUUAUCCCUGAACACGCACUCAACGGCUCUAGCUUCUCUUAUCCUCCAUCCUCUGGCCCUAACGGUGGCAAUCAAGGACUUUGGGAUAUUCUUUACCAUAUCCGCGUUAACGUUACCAAUACCGGCAACGUUGUCGGCGACGAAGUACCACAGUUAUACAUUUCUCUAGGCGGACCUUAUGAUCCCAAAAUCGUUCUCAGAGGUUUCGAUCGUGUGAGGAUCGAUCGUGGCAAAAUUCUGCAAGUCACAUUCCCGUUAGCGAGAAGAGAUCUAGCGAAUUGGGAUACGGAAAAGCAAGAUUGGGUUAUUAGUGAAUACGUCAAGACGGUGUAUGUGGGGUCUUCGUCGAGGAAUUUGCCGUUGAGUGUUGUGCUUGUG